UCCUCCUCCUCCCAUGCUCUCCGGCGAGGCGAUGGCGAAGAUCCGGGUGGCUUACGAGUACACGGAGGCCGAGGACAAGAGCAUCCGGCUGGGCUUGUUCCUGAUCGUCUCGGGCGUGGUGUCGCUCUUCAUCCUGGGCUUCUGCUGGCUCAACCCGGCCCUGCAGGACUUGCAAGGCAAGGCGGCCAACUGCACGGUGCUGUCGGUGCAGCAGAUCGGCGAGCUCUUCGAGUGCACCUUCACGUGCGGCGCGGACUGCAAGGGCACCUCCCUGUACCCCUGCCUCCAGAUCUACGUCAACAACUCCGAGUCCCACGCCCGGGCGCUGCUGCACCAGGACGAGCACCAGCUCCUCGCCAACCCCAAGUGUUCAUACAUCCCACCCUGUGAAAGAGAAAAUCAGAAAAACUCUGAAACGAUAACGCGCUGGCAGGAUUACUGGCAAGAUGAAAUUGGCUCUCAGCCUUUUACAUGCUACUUCAAUCAACACCUCAGGCCAGACGAUGUACUGUUACGACGUACGCAUGAUGAGUCGGUUCUUAUGCACUGCUUCCUUUGGCCAAUGGUUACCUUCCUAGUGGGAGUCCUCAUUGUGAUUCUGACCAUUUGUGCAAAGAGCUUGGCUGUUAAAGCAGAAGCAAUAAAGAAGAGGAAGCACUCCUAAAUUGAGGACUCCCUUGAAGGAAAGUUGCGGAGUCGUAGGCAAGUCUGAAGUGCCAAAUGCAGUUGAUGGGCGCUUCCAUGGUGCGUUUCCAGCAAUGCCCGUUCCCAGUGUAUUGCCAGAUGUUGGUCUUGCCAAUGCCUGAAGAUUAAUCUUAGGUGACCAUGCUGUGAAAUGUCAGCUAUCCGCUUCUGCUACUAUGAAAGCAAAUAAUGUUUAUUGCACCAAAUGAUCUUAAGCUGCACCAAAACUGGCUGUACUGCAUUGAACGAAACCCGAAUGAUGGCUCUUCGC